UCAGGGCGGGGCGAGCGGUGGUGGCUCGGCGGACACGCCCCCUCGCCCGCGGCCCCCUCCCCGCCGCUCUCCGCCGCUUCUCUAGCUCCCCGGUCAGAGGGCCGGAGCGAGAAGAUGGCGAAGACGUACGAUUAUCUGUUCAAGCUGCUGCUGAUCGGCGACUCGGGGGUGGGCAAGACUUGCCUCCUAUUCCGCUUCUCCGAGGACGCCUUCAACACCACCUUCAUCUCCACCAUCGGAAUUGAUUUUAAAAUCAGAACGAUAGAACUAGAUGGAAAGAAAAUUAAGCUUCAGAUAUGGGACACAGCGGGUCAGGAAAGAUUUCGAACCAUCACAACCGCAUACUAUAGAGGAGCCAUGGGAAUUAUGCUGGUCUAUGACAUCACAAAUGAAAAGUCCUUCGACAAUAUUAAAAACUGGAUAAGAAACAUUGAAGAGCAUGCCUCUUCAGACGUUGAAAGAAUGAUCCUGGGUAACAAGUGUGAUAUGAAUGACAAAAGACAAGUGUCAAAAGAAAGAGGAGAGAAGUUAGCAAUUGACUAUGGGAUUAAAUUCUUGGAGACAAGUGCAAAAUCCAGUACAAAUGUAGAAGAGGCAUUUUUUACACUUGCACGGGAUAUAAUGACAAAACUCAACAGAAAAAUGAAUGACAGCAAUUCAUCAGGGGCAGGUGGACCAGUGAAAAUAACAGAAAACCGAUCAAAGAAGACCAGUUUCUUCCGUUGCUCGCUACUUUGAUGAACUCUUUCUGAGAGACUGCAGCACACCUAAAGGACCCUUUCCGGCUUCUCUGAAAGCACAGGUCAGCCAGCCUCAGAACCACACCGCCCGGCUGCUGCGGAGAACACCACUGAACCUAGACUUCUCGACACAGAACGCCACGUGGGUUCCAGCCUCGUGGCCUAGAAAGAUAACAGGCUCCUUUUUUCAAACAUGGAAGCAAUGAAGUGGAGACAUACGCAGGACUUAACUUGUUUUUUCUUUGGUUUGUCCCAGAAGCUGCUAUCUUUCUUUUUCACUUUGCACAUCAGUGUUAGCCUGUCCCUGCUACAGCACAGUCUCAGACUCGUAUCUGCACACUUUUGCCUUGUGAAGUUCUAGACAAACUUGUGCACUUGGGGGUGUUUGAAAAAAGUAAAACAUUUAACGCAGAGAUUAAUAUGCUAAAACUAAAAGAUGUUGGGUCUGGUUCAUGUGGCCAAAUGUUAUUGCAUUGAUAGAAUUUUUUUAAGGGCUCUAGUUUGUGAUUUCCUUCAAUAAGAAUCAUUAAAUUCUGAUAAAGUUUAUCUUAAAAGUUCAUAAAAAUGUCCAUCUAUUCAUCAGAGGCCGCAAUUUAUUUCUCCAGAUUGUUGAGAAUUUUGCUUCAUUCCUGGCCUUUUGGUCAGAGAGUUUGGGUAGCUGAAGAAAUCACUUUUUCAAUUGAUUACCUCUGCCUCAUCUGUAGAAGCUACAUUUGGAAAUCACCUUAAGCUCACUUUUCCUGGGGUUUGUAUUCACUGUUCUUUCCUAUUUUUGACCUGUUGUAAGUGCUCAGUUAUCUAAAACAUAACAUAUUUGAAAUUGUUGUCUGUUUCUAAUUGUGAACUUCUUGAGCUGAAUUUUGUACAGGCAGAGAGACGUACCAUUUGGGUUUUAUUUCAGCGUCCUAUUGUUCUGUCACAUCAGCAUAUGUGAUAUAUUUUUUUCUUAGGUUCACUCCCUCGCUUGCUGGUUUCGUUUGUAAUACCCAGUUCCUACUGUAAUCCCUGUCUGCAAGAGUUAACAAGAAUUGUAUUUAGACCUUUGUUCGUAGAAAGCUUACCUACAGGGAGAGAGAUUAACUUGUUGAUAUAAAUUUAAUAGAGAUAGCUCUUGGUGAUGGUAAACAUAAUGAUUUUUUAUUCUGGUUUUAUUUGGGCUUCUUUUUUUUUUUCUUUUAAAUAAAGAUAAUUAGACCUAGACCUAGUGCAGCCUCUAGGAAAAGUCUUGCCCUUUUGUUAGAGAAAAUAUGAGUAAGGUUUCCAUUCUAAAACAGCUGUUGUUGAAUGCGUAGAACCCAGUUCCAUCUGUUCAGGUUCAUUGUUACAGAACUUGGUCCAGUCAUUUGGGUCAACGCCAACCAAGAGCUUAGCUGCCUUUCUCACCAAACACUGGUACUGAUAUACCUUUUGUAGAUGAAACCUUCACUUAAGAAAAAAAAAAGUAUUUAGUGUUAACUUAUGUGCCAAAUUCAGAUAAUUUUGACAUUGCUUUUAUCCUAGCCUUCAGUGACAAAACACAGAAGGGAGUAAUAAAUCGGUGAUUAGGGAAAUGAACUCUCUUAAUAAUCACUCUUCCUGUUAGGUCCGUUUUGUUUCAUGGAGGGUACCACCAUGCUUGAUAGUUUAGAGUGGAGGGGAAAAUGGGAAUGGAUUGCUUGUUACCACAGAGCAUUGUGCUUCAAGUUAAGACCUAGCCGUUAGAAUGCUUGGACCAGUCAGCCUUUAUUUAGUACUUGUUUGAAAACUUACGUCCAGUUUAGCAGCAGCAAAUAUACCAGAGCUAUUUUUGAUGGAUACGCUAAAAAUGCUGACAAAUUUCAGCCUUCUUGAUUUUUUUUUUUUAUUUACCUAUCGGUUUAGAGGCACCUGCUGGUGUCCCAGUAUAAUCAGUAAUUGCUCGAUUGAAAGCUGAUUGUACAUCUACCGUCUUAAAAUUAGAUACAUUUUUGGAAAGAAAAAAUAAUUUCUUAGAAACAUCUUGUCUUUGCUAAUUUUCCGAAAAAAUAUCCAAGCGGUUAAGCUUUCUGAAUGGUAACAAAGUACUUUCUAAAAGGCAAGUGCUAUGACACCAUGUAUGAAUGUAAUUCUAGUAAUUUACCUCUGACUAUUUGGUGUCUUAACACUUUGAUUUAUAUCUCAGGGGUUGUCUGCAAACCAAAACUGACAUUUUCUGUGGUUAGACUUUUUUUUUUUUUUAACAGAAUGCUUUGCUUCUGAUUUAUUCCUUCUCUCUUCUUUUGUCUUAUAUGGGUUAAUAAUUAGUCUCCAUGAAUUUCCCUUUGAGAGAGCCUGUAAAAGUGAUGAGUCUAAAAGUGCUCUUUGAAGUAGCAGCAAUUUGGGGAUAUAUGCUCUGUUAUAUAGAAAUAAAUUGUCCUUGCUAUUUUCUUACAUGUAGCUUUGCUGAAUUGUAUAUAAUUUGAGCUAAGACCAUAGGAAAUUCCCUUUCUGCAUGGUAAAAUGCCCCAAUAAAUACUCCACUUUGCUUCAUAAUGUA